AUGUGCAAGUCUAUGAAAUGUAGAGUUAAUGGUCCACAUCAUCUACAUCACACGUACCCUCAGUCAGAAGAUCUCAUCAUUGGUGGCAUUGCAUCUCAUGGUGUCUUCGUGAGUAAUUUAAUAGAUUUCACUGAAGAACCUUCACCAGUAUUGCUUGACGAUUUUGUUGUAGUUCCUAAGUAUUACCAGCAUAUCCUGGCCUUGGCAUUUGCAGUAAAGGAGACCAAUGAAAACCCUGAGAUCUUGCCCAAUGUCACCUUGGGCUUCCACCUCUAUGACAGCUAUUUCAGUGCACGACAGACCUAUCAUGCCACAAUGCUACUUAUGUCCACACUGGAGAGAUGGGUAUGGAUUGGAGUCUUGAUUAUGGAUAAUGACAAUGGGGAAAGAUUUGUGCAAACUGUUGUUCCACUCUUCUCUCAGAGUGGUAUCUGCUUUGCCUUAAUUGAAAGAUUGCCUGUGUUAGUUUCUUUCACUGAAUUUAAUGGCCUACUAGUACAGGGAGCAAAAUUCCAUGACAAAGUCAUGGAUAGCAAAGCCAAUGUAGUAGUGUUUUAUGGAGAAUCUCUUUCCGUUAUGUAUUUGAGAUGGUUUCCAUAUCUAUCAGAAAAAGAACAUGGGACAAAUAUACCAAGAGGUAAAGUGUGGAUUAUGACAGCUCAAAUGGAACUCACUUCAUAUAUCUGUCAAAGAAAUUGGGAUACAGAAAUAAUCCACGGUGCUCUGUCAUUCACAAUUCACUCCAAUGAACUACCAGGAUUCAAACAAUUUGUUGAGAGCAAAAGCCCUUCCAGAACAAAAGGAGAUGGUUUUCUCAGAGACUUCUGGCAACAGGCCUUUGGUUGUGUAUUCCCUGACACUGCUGUGGGUGAGGUGGAUGGGAAUAUUUGCAUAGGGGAGGAGGAGCUAGAGAGCCUUCCAGGAACUUUUUUUGAAAUGAGCAUGACUGGCCAUAGCUAUAACAUCUACAAUGGUGUCUAUGCAGUGGCCCAUGCGUUAAACAUCAUGUCUUCAUCUAGAGUCAAACACAGUCCAAUGGUGGACAGAGAGGGAUUGAAGCUUCAGAAUCUCCAGAUGUGGCAGCUCCAUUAUUUUCUGAGACAUGUUUCAUUUAAUAACAGUGCUGGGGACAAGAUUUCCUUUGACCAUAAUGGGGAAUUAUUAGCUGGAUUUGAUGUUAUCAACUGGGUUGUUUCCUCAAACCAAACUUUUCACAGAGUGAAAGUUGGGAGGGUAGAUCCUGAUGGUCCUCCAGACCAAGCACUGUCCAUCAAUGAGGAUGCUAUCACAUGGAACAACUGGUUUAACCAGGCCUGGCCUCUGUCUGUAUGUAGUGAGAGUUGCCAUCCUGGUACCAGCAAGAAAGUGAAGGAGGGAGAGCCAUUUUGCUGCUAUGAUUGCAUCCCAUGUCCAAAAGGGAAGAUUUCAGAUCAGAAAGACAUGAAUGAGUGCAAUAAAUGCACAGGUGAAAAGUAUGCGAACAGCAAGCAGGAUUUAUGCAUUCCCAAGGCUGCAACCUUCUUGUCAUAUGAAGAACCAUUGGGACUUAGUUUAGCCUCUUUUGCUCUUUCUUUUUCUUUGAUCACUGCUUUCAUGCUUGGCAUGUUUAUGAAGCAUCAUGACACUCCCAUUGUCAAAUCCAACAACCGGGAUGUCACCUACACCCUCCUUAUCUCUCUCCUGCUCUGCUUCCUUUGUACAUUGCUCUUCAUUGGCCAACCCCAGAAGGCAACGUGUCUCCUCCGACAAACUGCUUUUGGCAUCAUCUUCUCAGUGGCUGUUUCUUGUGUGCUGGCAAAAACCAUCACUGUGGUUCUGGCUUUCAUGGCUACCAAACCAGGGUCCAGGAUGAGGAAGUGGAUGGGGAAACGACUGACCAAUUCUAUUGUUGUUUCUUGCUCUCUUAAUGAAGCAGGCAUUUGUGCUAUAUGGUUGGCAACCUCUCCCCCAUUCCCAGAUGUGGACAUACAUUCAGUGACUGAAGAAAUUAUACUGGAAUGUAAUGAAGGGUCUGUGACUAUGUUUUAUGGUGUCCUGGGCUAUAUGGGUUUUCUGGCAAUUGCCAGUUUCACUGUGGCUUUCUUUGCCAGGAAAUUACCUGACAGUUUCAAUGAAGCCAAGCUUAUCACUUUCAGCAUGUUGGUCUUUUGCAGUGUUUGGGUAUCCUUCGUUCCUUCCUACUUGAGCUCCAAAGGUAAAUACAUGGUAGCAGUGGAGAUCUUCUCUAUCUUAACCUCCAGUGGUGGAUUGCUGAGUUGCAUCUUUUCCCCAAAAUAUUACAUUAUUUUGUUGAGGCCUGAGUUGAAUAACAGGGAACAGCUAACAAGAAGAAAAGAAUGA